AUGAGGAGAGCUUACAUUCUGGUCUUCAUCAUCUCAUGCCUUCUCUUUGCGGACGCAUCUGGCUAUCCAGAACCAGAAGCUUUCACCCCUGCAGCUGAUGCUAUCCUUUCCCCAACAUGGAUGCCAGGCUUCAAAGAAUUCCUAGACGAUUGCAGCUGGAUUCUCAAAUUAAACUACCCGAGGAAUCCUCGAAGGGAAACACUCAACAGUAAGUUGAGAACCUAUUUGCGCUACUUGGGUUACCAUAACGACACUUUGAAUUCCGAUGUCCAAUCAGCCUUACGAGACUUUCAGAAGACUUACGGACUCCCCGCCACCGGUCAGAUUGACGGCGGCACCGUUUCACUCAUCCGCCAGAAGCGAUGCGGCGUUCCUGAUUAUUGGAAUCGCCAUAUGUCGGAGGACGAAUACGUUUUUCAACGCCUUGUCCCAGUGGUCGAAGCUGACGGGGUUGCACUUCCAGAGACGCAGUGGGUGAACAGUCCUGACAUUUCAAUCGAGUUCUUGAAGUUGGACGAUAGGGCGGGGGUGAUCGGCACCGCCUUGUUUGGACGGAACAUUCCGAGGCCCGGCAUCUAUUUGGACUCCUCUGAGAGCUGGGUGUCGCCGGCAUCCCCCAUGACUGAUCCCUUCCAAGUGGACUUACGGUCUGUGGCGUUGCACCAAAUCGGACACAUGCUGGGAUUUGGCCAUUCGAAAAUGCGUAAUGCGGUUAUGUACCCGUUCAAUGCUGGGGAAAGGAAGGUUUUCAGAGAAGAAGAAUCUGAUAACAUUAAGAACAUCUUCGCCGCAGCAGGCGGCGGCGUGGGGCCGGGAUGGGGACUGGUUCCAACUUUAUGGCUUGGAAUAACUGGAUUUGCAUUGCUUAAUUAG